AUGCUCCCUCACUGGUUCUUUUUAGCCACCCUGGCCCCCAUGGAUAAGGCCCCUCAACAGUCUCCAGAUUCAGUCAUGAAAGAGGGAGGAGCUGUGACUCUGAGCUGUUUCCAGAUGGGAACCACACAUGCCUACAUGUCAUGGUAUAAGUAGGCUCCAGAAAAGGGGACCAUGAUGCAGCUGGUAGUGUUUUCAGUGGAAGGUGAAGAGGCAGAUUUUGAGGAGCAAUUCCACAAUCACUUCAAGAGCAAUGGAAUUAACGGCUAUCACUUGUCCUUUUCAAUAGAUUUUGUCUCAGUUAAUGAUUCUGGCACAUAUUACUGUGCUAAGAUACACAUUGACUCAGAUGGUAAUGAAAGACUGUACUUCAGCAGUGGGACAAAACUCACAGUCCUAGGGGAGAAUGAUGAAAUCAUACCACCAGCUGUGGCCAUCUUUUCCCCAUCAAAGCAAGAGAUCCAACAGAAGAGCAAGGCCACGCUGGUAUGCCUGGCCUCUGGUUUCUAUCCUGACUACCUCAAUCUAGUCUGGAAAGUGAACGGUGCUCAGAGGACAGAAGGGGUGGGGACAGAUGAGUCUUCCACGUGGAAUGGGAGUACCUACUCAUUGACCAGCCGACUGAGGCUCUCAGCCCAGGAAUGGUUCAAUCCUUUGAAUCGUUUUGAGUGUGUUGCCACGUUCUUUAAGAAUGAGACACUGGAAUCGAUACACAAAUUCAUCUCUGGCGAUGCUGAUGAGUGAAAACUGAGUAUCACUAUGCUGUACAAACUAAAAAUCACUUAAAAGAGAACAGAAUACAAAAGGAUGUGGGUUAUGAUGUGAAACACAAAAUCAACUUAUUUCUGUACAUGAGUGGGGUCGCAGCACACACAUAUUUGUAACUGCGUAAGUAUAUGCUUAUAUCUCUUCUUCUCCCCAGGUUUGUGUAUCUACAUUAUUAACAUUAUACAUCUAUAGAACGAGAAAAUUUUUCAAAGAUUUCUUCAGAUUUUAGCUGAGAAAUUUUCUGAAGUCACUAUCCAUAUAGUAAAAUGAAUCAGGCAAUGUGUUGUAAAUAAAAACUUCUGAAGCUUGUGUUCUAUUAAUUCUGAAGAGAAAUGUGACGGUCAUUUUUGUCUUUCAGAUUGUGCACUCACUGAAGGUAUGUGUGUCUUACUCCCAGUGAAAUAUCUGUGUGUAUUUAAACUCCAGUUCUACUGACACUAAGCAGGGAAUGCGUGAGGUAUAUAUUAAAUGUCUUUCUAUUAAAAGAAUAGUAUGUACUACCAGAUCUAAAUGGUAUGUAUAUCAGAUGGAAAAAAAAAGAAAAGAAAAAAUACUUUGUGGGGGGCGGGGUUGUAUUUGUAUGAUGUGCCUAAGUGUGUGUGAGCUCUUCUUUAUCUUUACCUUUUGAAACAACCAGAGGAACUGUGAAACCUUCCUACAGUGUCUCAUUUGCUCUCUGUAUCUCCUCCAGUCCUUAACACUGCCUUCUAGUGAGAAGCUGCCUGUUUACCUCUUUACUAGCAGAAAACUCACCAUGAAAGAAAAAAAUUCAUACCUAACCAAGUGAUCAGGAUGUCAAGAAUCUAAAUUUAGAAUUCUGAGUAUUUCAUAUUAUGAAAUUGAGAAUACUUUCUAUUACACUUUACAUCUCCCCUCCAAACUGUGAGGAUAUCAGUAUUAAAGAUUGUUUAAAUCGUUUACAUGUUCAUAUGUAUCUACUCUUUCAUCUUUCAGCAGCUUCUUUAAUGCUGCAGGUAUCUGAAGGUAGAACUAAGAUCAGGCUGGUCUCUCAAUUAUACUGCAACUCUUCAAUGGUGAAAAAACUAUAAGAAUAAAAGGCUAGAUAACAUAUUAUUCUGGCCUAUAUAAAACUGCCCUGAUAUACCAGCAGCAUUCAGAAAGCCACUGAAAAUAACAAACAAACAAAAAAUAUUAUCUUUUGACUCAGCUUAAUUUGAGUCCCUGAUGGGCAUUCACAUGACUAACUUAGUUUUUCAGUAAAGUGUAGUAAACUGUUAUACUGUGCUGAAGAAAUCUAAUCUGAUUGAAUCUGUCUUAGAACUAGUAUCUCCUUUUAAUAUUAUAAUUCAAGACAAAAAUUAUGUUUAAUUUGCAGAAUCCUGCCUGCGAUAUGAAAAUUCUCUGAAGCUCACUUAUGUGAUACUCGUUGUCAAAGCCUUGCUCUAUGCACUCUUGGUGAGCUCUCUGACAUGGAGAGCCAAGGUUUAAAAUGAAACACCUUCUUACUGUUCAAAGACUGAGGAGUCCACUUGUAGAAUUAAGAAUAAAGUGUUAGCUUCUUUCCA